AUGGAAACCCUUCAAAAUCGAUUUGCAUUUGAUGCAAAAACCCUCAUCUCACUUUGUAAGAAAAAUGCCGAUCAAGAUCUCUCGAAUCAAGUAGAUGCUCUUUUAGACAUCAGAAUGAAAGAUAUUGAUUCGCGCUGGGAAAAAGUAGAAAAAUCUUACGAAGAACUGAUGCUUUCCGAGCUAAGUGAAGAGAUUAAAGCUACUGCCCAAGAGCAAUACGACUCGUGUGUUGAUAUAUAUUAUUUAACAAUAUCGAAAAUCCUAAAUCUGGUAAAACCAACGAAAAUUAGUAUCGAAGCGCGUGAAAGUAUAGGCCCAACAUUUCCGAAUCCCCCUAAUAGUAACUUCAAUUCUGGACUGAAGCUUCCACCAUGUGACACUCAAAUUUUCUCUGGAGGUUAUGAGGACUGGCCUGCAUUUCGUGAUAUGUUCACGGCAGUUUACAUCAAUCACCCAAGGCUCACAAACGCUGAAAAACUCUAUCAUCUUAGAAACAAAACAACUGAUACUGCUGGGGCAAUUGUAAAAAGGUUCACACUUACCGACGACAAUUUCGAAUUAGCCUGGAACGCUCUGAAGUUGCGAUACGAAAACGUUCGUGUACUGGUGGAUAACCAAAUUAGGAAUCUUUUCAACAUUCCCGCAGCCGUAAAAGAGGACAGCGAGUCUUUACAAAGGAUCCACAGCUCCGUAACUGAUAGCUUAGCAAUGCUCAAAGGUUUAGGCGUUUCAACAGAUGGUUGGGAUCCAAUGUUAGUUAACUUAGUUUACUCCAAAUUACCUCACGAAACUUUAGCGCAUUGGGAGCAAUCUUUAAAUGCCAGUAGAAAAUUACCACCUUGGUCAGAUUUAAGUGAUUUUCUCUUAAAAAGAUGUGAAGUGGUAGAAAGAAUUUCUACUAUAAAGAUUACGAAAUCUCCUUCUCUCAACAAUAGUGAUUCUCAAUCACCGAUUCAGAUGUACGCAUCUCAGGAAAAAAUCAAUUUAAAGUGCAAAAUUUGUGAAAAAGACCACAAUUUAAGAGUGUGUCCUCAAUUUAGGAAACUUUCUAUUCAAGAAAGAGUAGAUUUCAUAUUCAAAAAUCAAUUUUGCAACAAUUGCCUUUCACCAUCCCACACUAAAAAACAUUGCACAAGCAAGAAUACUUGUCUAAAUUGUAACAAACAACAUCAUACAUUGCUUCACAUGCGUGCAUUUAAUCCUUUUCGAAAAAAUAAUAACGAUCAUUUUAAAAAUGGUCAAACGAAUCCGGACAAUAAGUCUGAUCCCAAAAACUCAAAUAAUCGCUCUUAUGAUUUAAAUGAGGCGGAUCAAAGACCGUCCACUUCGCAGGCAAUUAAACCUAAAAUUAACGCAAAUUAUGCUACAGACAGCACAAAUAUUUUAUUACGAACUGCAUUAGUUCAGAUUGAAUCCAGAGGGGAACUGUUCACAAUCCGUGCGCUGAUAGAUCCCGGUUCAGAAAGAACUUUUCUCUCGGAAAAAAUUCAAAAACGACUCAACUUACCAUCAAGAAAAUCUUAUUCUGAAAUUGUCGGAAUUGGAGGCCAAUGUCAAACAGCAGAAAAAGAAUGUGACAUAGUCUUGGUAUCAAAAAUAAAAAAUUUCAGAUUUUCGGUAACAGCCAUUGUGCUACCAAAAGUAACGAACCAAAUUCCCUCCACCUCAUUUGAUGUUACAAGUACAGCUAAUCUUUCUGAUCUUGAUCUAGCCGAUCCUCACUUUAACAUAUCGUCACCUAUCGACUUAGUUCUGGGAAAUGACAGCGAACGCUUUAUAAAUCUGGAUGGAAUUAGAAGAGAUGUGUGUGGUUCGGCCACAGCAUACAAAACAGUAUUUGGAUGGGUUCUCAGUGGUUCGGUUCAAACAAAACCUAUAUUUUCGUUUUCAACAAGUGUCAAAUCAGCAGAAGAUAAUAAUUUAGAUAAAUUGAUCCGGAAAUUCUGGGAGCAGGAAGAGAUACCUUCAGCCCGUCCAAUCUCCUCUGAAGAUGAAUAUUGCGAACAAUUCUACAGCCAAACGACGAAACGUUUACCAAAUGGUCGUUAUAUGGUCAGAUUGCCAUUCCGACAAGAUUUUCCAGAGACUAGAUUCCUUGGCCCAUCAAGAUUUGUCGCUCUAAGUCAAUACGUUCGGCUGGAGCAAACUUUAACAAAAGACCCUCUACUCCAGAAGCAAUAUAAUGAAGUACUCAAAGAAUAUAUUACCCUAGAUCACAUGGAAGAAACAACGUCAAAGGAAUUCUUUUCAAAUGAGAAAUGCGACUCCUUUUACCUCCCACAUCAUGCAGUAGUUCGUCCCGAAAGCAAAACGACCAAAGUUAGAGUAGUGUUCAAUGCGUCCCGUAGAACAAAAUCUGGGUUUUCACUAAACGAUGUUUUAUACACAGGUCCCACACUGCAAGCAGAUCUAAUGACAGUAAUAAUAAAUUGGCGGUUUUAUAAAUUUGUAUUUAAUGGUGACAUACAAAAAAUGUAUCGUCAAAUAUUAAUAGAUCCAAUAGACAGACCAUUCCAGCGAAUACUUUUCCAAAAGUCCCCCCGGGAGGCUGUCAAAGAUUACCAAAUGAAAACUGUUACAUUUGGAGUCAAUUGUGCACCGUUCCUUGCCAUUAGAACUUUACUUCAAUUGGCCUCAGAUUCUCAAGAUCAGUUCCCAAAAGCAGCAGUAAUACUGCAAAAAGAAACUUAUGUCGAUGACAUUCUUACUGGAGGUCAUUCGAUAGAAAGCGCAUUAGAAUCACAAGCUCAACUUAUAAAAACGCUAGAAUCCGCUGGUCUUUUACUCAAAAAGAUCACUGCAAACAACUCCCAGUUGUUAACUUCUUUUCCCAAAGAAGACUUAUACGAUUCAGACUUUCUUAAAUUCCACGACGCUAGUACAAUGAAAGCUCUCGGCAUUCGUUGGAACGCAUUAACUGAUUCCUUCAGUUAUUAUUUUGAGCCUAUCCCUCAGGCAUCACAAAUAACAAAAAGAAAAAUCGUAUCAUCCGUUGCCAAGUUGUUUGACCCGGCUGGCUGGAUCUCUCCAGUAGUUGUCAAAGGAAAAAUUCUAAUUCAACAACUUUGGCUAGAAAAAAUUGAUUGGGACGAUUUGGUAAGUCCAGAUUCUCUCCGAAUCUGGAAUGAAAUUAUAACUGAUUUACAAAAAAUUCAAGAUAUCCAAAUUCCUCGUUGGAUUCAGUUCACUCCCGUGGACAAUAUUCAAAUACAUGGGUUCUGUGAUGCCUCCAAAUUAGCCUAUUGUGCUGCCAUAUACAUACGAAUAGAAACGUCUUCCUCAGUAGUGUUCUCCAAUUUGUUAGUAGCCAAAACUAAAGUAGCGCCAUUAGCCUCAAUCACUCUACCUAGACUGGAACUGUCUGGCAGCGUUAUGCUCGCAAAACUAGUACAUCAUACCAUCACAUCACUUAACCUGUCUAAUACCGAAAUAAUUCUAUGGUGUGAUUCAUCAAUUGUCUUAGGAUGGCUAGCAAAACCACCAGCUACUUGGAAAGAAAUUUAUGUGGCUAAUCGUAUUGGACAAAUUCAUACGCUACUUCCAAAUGCAAAAUGGCGUCAUGUACCAACACACUGUAAUCCUGCUGACCUAGGCUCAAGAGGUUGCAGACCUCAGGAUCUCAUCGGUAACACUCUUUGGUGGCAUGGCCCUGCUUGGCUAAUAAAUCCAAAAACUGAAUGGCCACGGAAUAACCCAUUAAAUUCGUUUAAAUCUUAUGAAAAAGGUUCCAAUAAUGUUAUAGAAAAAGAAAACUUACAGGUUCCCACCAGUAGUUUUCAUAUUUCUCUUCUCCCUGAAGAUAUACUUAAAAGAUUCUCAUCUUAUACUAGAGCUUUAAGAGUUGUAGCCUACGUCUUUCGAUAUAUAAGACGAUUUAAAAGUUCGUUCGCAAAUCCAAAUUUUCCUUUACAAUACCAUAAUACUGAACUUGGUCAAGAAGAAAUUAAAUCAGUCAAAUCCAGACUAAUAAUGCUUGCUCAGAAAAGGUGCUAUCAGAUGGAAUAUGAUGCUCUUUUAAAAUCCGAGCCAAUUGCAAAAAAUUCUUCCUUAUUCACACUCAAUCCAUUACUAGACCAAGAAGGUAUUUUAAGAGUUAAUGGUCGAUUGGCCAACUCCUCACUACCCUUUAAGGAACGAUUCCCAAUAAUAUUACCACGAGAUUCCCGACUUUGCGAAUUAUAUCUAUUACAUUUACACGAAUUUCUAGCUCAUGGUGAAUGCAGUCUAAUGUGUCGCAUGAUACAAACGGAAUUCUAUAUCUCUCGUCUAAAACUUCGGGUAAAAAAGGUAAUCAGAUACUGUAAAACAUGCAUCAUAUAUAAAAAACAAGCUUGCUCACAAAUCAUGGCAGCUCUUCCUCCUGAUCGCUGUACAUAUUCGUUCCCUUUUAAUAUUACAGGCAUUGACUUCGCAGGUCCCUUCGAACUAAAAAGUUCCACUCUCAGAAGAGCAGCUACUGUAAAAGGUUAUGUCUGCGUUUUUGUAUGCUUUGCCACAAAAGCAAUCCAUUUGGAACCUUGCUCAAGCCUGUCGACACCAGCUUUCCAAGCAACAUUUUCUCGUUUUAUAGGACGAAGAGGUCUUCCACAGAGAGUAGUUUCCGAUAACGGUCGCAACUUCGUUGGCGCAAACCGAGCUCUACGUCGAGAAUUCACCACAUUUAUCAACACUACUUCCCAAGAUAUAGCGCAGAAGUACAUUUCCCAUGGCUUUGACUGGUCGUUUAUUCCACCACAGGCUCCUCACAUGGGAGGCCUCUGGGAAGCGGCAGUUAAGAGUUUUAAAUUCCACUUAAAACGAGUGGCAGGAGCAUAUCGCUUCAAUUUUGAAGAGUUCACAACUUUAUUAGCAAGAAUUGAAGGAGUAUUAAAUUCUAGACCGAUUUCCUCUUUAUCUGAGGACCCUAGCGAUCUAACUGCCUUAACCCCCGGACAUUUUCUGCGAGGUGGUCCAAUUAUGUCUUUCCCUGAACAAACCAAUGAUAAUUUAUCUCUAAUUAACCGAUGGGAAAAACUCAAAGCUAUCCAUCACAAACUUUCCCUACAAUGGAAAGAAGAAUAUUUGAAAUCAAUGCAUAAACGUUAUAAAUGGAAGUUUUCCACUCCCAAUUUAAAAGUAGGCGACUUUGUGGUAGUAAUGGAUGAUCUUUUGCCCCCUUGCGAGUGGCGUCUCGGACGCAUUGAAAAAGUUCAUAGUGGGUCAGAUCAUCACGUACGGGUAGUAGACGUUCGGACACAAAAUGGGACUAUAACUCGUGCCAUAACAAAAUUAUGCUACUUGCCCUAUAAUAAUUCAUAA